CUUCUCACCAACGAAUCAAAAACUUGUCUCACACAAACAGAUACAACUGUCAGGACUUCCCUCCCCGUCCCCUCUCCACCAAGGCUUGUCUAGGUCGCUAAAGUCGUCUAUAGAUAAGCGAUUUCCCCAGUUUCCCAUUUCAUCUCCUCAAGCAGCCAAAGAACACUUUUCACGCUCGGUUCCUUGACUCGGAAAAAAACUUUUGAUCUUCCAGCACGUUUCAAAUUUCCCGCCCAGUUGCUCUAGGCACUACUAACAGACAGUACUUUCUUCAUACAGUUUCGGUGAUUUCUGUCCAAAAAUAUUGAAAUUAAAGUACAUAUUCGUUUCGAAACUGGUACAAACGUUGGAAUGGAAUCUCAACAAACACUACAACAUAAAAGUGCAUAGUUUGGAUCGAGCAGUUAGACCCACCCCCUGCGAGUGACAGUUGACUGUCGUCAGCAGAGCAGAAGGCCUUUAGGGGGUGUUGUUAGUGAUUCAUUCCUCGUUCGUCACAGGAAAACACUUAUCAUGAUAAUUAUUGUAUGACACAUCCUUUCGAGGAGAGGAACCCCUCCACUUGUCACCCGCAAAACAAUCAUGUCAUACCGAGGGAGUGCAAGCUCGUUGAGCGCACUGCCUUUGAGCAGUGCUGCAGCACUAGCCAAAGCGCCCACAGCCCUGGAGCAACUGCUUGAGGAAAUCAACUUUCAGCGUACCAAAGAAAUGCGACAAAUGCUUAAAGAUGAUUCAGGGUUUGUCAUGGUGCAUGGAACUACGUACUGGACAGAUCUUUUCGUGAGACAUUUUCUAUUUCAAACUGAUCGGAAUAUAGAUUGUGAUGAUCUUCUGUUUUUUGUUCGUAAGAAACACAUAAAGAGUUCCUCUAGAAUCCUUCCAAAGUUUGAAACUGAAGUGGAUGUGUUCAGGAAAGCAAGCCGCAAACUGCCUAUUGGAGAUCCAGACAUGGAUUGGGAGGAAACAGUGUAUCUGAACUUAAUUAUACAUCAAUUUGACUACACUUUAACUUUGGCCAUCUGCACAAGAACCAGCCCCAAAGAACUGCAAGUUCUUCGAAGGCACUCUCAGAAAGUAUAUGCAUCCCCCAGUAGAAGAAGAAUGGAUACUAAAGCAGAAGUGGAAGAAAUGACUUACCCAAAUGUUUGCUUUAUGGUGGACAAUUUCAAUGAGGUAUUUUCAGACAUAAUGGUUAGAGAUGGGGAAAUGGUGUGUGUGGAAUUAGUUGCUUCUGACAGAGAUGGAGCAAUUCAGGGUGUCAUAUUUCUUGGCUCUAUCCGCUAUGAUGCACUCAAGAGAGUGUAUGAUGCCAGGUCAAGUUUGAGUUCAAAAAUGGCUCAAAGGAUGACAUUUGGUCUUUUCUCCAACUCCUCAUCACAAAGAGUUGAGUUUGUACGGAUGAAAGGACCACAAGGAAAAGGCCAUGCAGAAAUGGCUGUGACAAAACCCAAAGGAUACUCUGGGGCUGAGACACCAACUUCAGAGCCAGGCUACUGUGCAACUGACAUGUGGGAUUCUGAUUGGGAUUCUGAUCCUGAAGAAUUUUUUGUGUACAGACACCAGCGUCGACUGAGUGAUCCCAGUGCAAAUAUUAACAAUUUUGUUAGAGGAGGAUGGAAGACAAAGCCCUCAGAUUCGGCUGGCUCUAAAGCCAGGUCAGAAAAUGAAGGCCUUGAUUCCCUUGCCAAUGGUCUCAAUGAGAUAGAAGCUGGAGAUCUCAGAGAUGAUUGCGAGUUUUGCGUGCACUCUGCCUCCAUUACCACUUCUGAUGCUUCCCCUCCUUCAAGAGCCAGCAAUACUAUUACAAAGGCUACUAGUUCCUCUGCCACAACUACCACUUCCACUACCUCUUCCACUUUGUUUAGAAGUCUCCCACCAACAUCUAUCAUAUCUUCCUUUUUCCCCAACUGCAAGUCAAAACGCCCUGGGCGAGUAGUCCCAUGUGCAUCAGAGACUGAUGAAGGGGAGAUCGAGCAGCCUUCUGAGUGCAAAUGCACAGAUGAUGAUUUGCUAAAGGUCCCAGAGGGCCGAUGCCACUUUGAAAGAACCCCUCCACCUGCUGAAUUAGUAUUUUGUGAGAAAGAGUCCUUACAUGUCUACGCUGAGGACAGCAAAGCCCAGGGCCUUGUAUCCAAUAUCGCAGAUGCUGAUCAAGAGAGUAAAAACAAAACUGUAGUUACAGUCAAUACUGCAGAGAGUUCACAACCCUGUCAUUUAGAAGGCGAGACAACGCAAUUACCAGUAAAUAGUGGAGACCUGGAGGAGAUUGAAGGUAGCGAUGAUGAUUUUGAAGACUGUAAUUCCUCAAUUAGCAAUGCAAGCACAUCUGUUUCAUCACAGAAAUCUUGUGAUUUGGGUGAGGAACCCAAAGAAUCAGAGAGUCACAGUGAUGUUUGGAGUGAUGCAGAAGAAUUGUCCCAAACUAAUGAAAUUGCAGAUUUAAACAUAAGCAAUGAAACUUUACUCAAAAGUAACUCUGAAUCUUUUAGUGACGGGGCAAACACAGGAUAUUGUAAUGAUGAUAUUUUACCAUCCUCAAAAGUAGGGAAUUUAAUGUUGUGCCGUUCAGAAGAUGAGGAAAAAAUUAGCUCACAACAUAAUAAGACAAUUCUUGAAAACUUGUUGACUGAAGUGGAGAAACAGACUGUGAUAAACUCGUGUGAGGAAGAAAAUACUAAGACUCCCAGUGAAAAAUGCAGCUUUCUACCAACAACUAACAAAGUUGUUGAAGAACCCAAGACUGAUUUUGAAGUGUGUGCUCAUGGCAUUGAAAUGACAAGUUUGUGCCUUUUGUGCCUGGGAUACUCAAAAACUGCAUUUUGGCAAAAAUCUGACUGUGCAUUUAGACUGAAAGCGAAUUUCCAAAGUGGUGAAAGUAAUGAAGAUGAAAGACUAGAAAAGAAGACUGAACAUUUGACAUUUACAAAUUCAAAAUCUGUUAGAGUAGAUUCAGGGAGUGAAAUGCACUCCCAAACUUUACCUCGCAGACGCAAGUCAGAAUCAAGCAUGAGACAAAAGCGUAAUGUUGUACCUCCACAUAAGAUAUUACCCGAUGGAACAGUCAUUUACUAUUGGUGUGAUGUCCCAGGUGGACUAGGAAAAUCUCAAAAUGAGCUUGAUGAUGGAGCUUACAACCCACUGUGGACCAUGCGAGGAUUUACUCAAACAUUCCAUUUUUGGAAAGAGAACAAGAGAGCCCAAUCUGUUCCAUUGAAUGCAUUUCUUACUUAUGUAACUCUGCCAUGGUGGAGUAUUGUUAAAGACAUCUUGGAUCACCGAGAAAGUCCCAUUUUGACUUUCUAAUUUGGAAAGGUGCUGCAGCAAGUAGUGCCAACCACAGAUACUUGCAUCAUAGACUCUAGUCAAAAACUACAUUUAAAUUUGUUCCUUGCAAAACUUUAAAAGAUAAAGAGAAAAGAAGUAAACUGCGUGAUUAAUAUUGCACUCAUUGACUGUCGACAUUGUUAGAACCUACCUCAGAGGUAUAUUUUUCUCAUGUUGAAGGUAGAUAUUUGUUUCAUGCUUUCCAUCUGUACCCCGGCAUUUAAAGUGUCCCCUACAAAAUAGUACAAAGUAAAGAAAGAGAAAACUGUAAUUCAGUUGGAAUGGUGUUUAGUGUUCAACUCUGCUCUGCCAAGGUUUGCAUUUUUUUAAAUUUAUUUUUUAACGCAAAGCUGCUCUUGCAAGAAUCAAACAAGCUUCAAUUCCUAGUAGCUAAUGUAUAGCCAAACUAAGUUUCAGCUGAAAUUAGCUUUCUAACAAAGAUAAAUGUAAGGCCAAAUUUUGAUCUCUCUCUUAAAUUUUUCUAGAAAUGUGUUUGACAUCUUCAAGAGUUUAUUUCUUGUAUUUUGAAAGUAUAUUGAAUGUUGCAACAAUUGUAAAGAGAUUUGCAUAACAUAUACAUUUAAUCUUUCAUGUAGUAAAAAGGAGUACUUUUGUUUACAAUCUUAAUUACUCAAAUGCAGUUUAUAAAAUGAAAGGUGGGGUCAAGAAGCUUUUCGCCCUGUACAAUAUGACACCAUCUAUUUGGAAACUUAAUGCCUCUUAUUGUAUGCUCUAGAGUAGUUUGACUGUACUCAAAGUAUGUUGUUGGGAUUGAUUGUUCAAAAUAUUUUUUAUUGAGUGAGUUGUUCUGAGAAUGUUUAAGCCAAAUCAUCUAGGGUGGUUAGAAUUUAUAAGACAAUUUAUUCCUCUACAAUAUUUAUUGAAGUGUGUCAGCAGUUCUUGAUUAAUAAAAUAUUGGUUGUACCAUGACA